AUGCCCCCUUCACCAGCAAUGAGGGUUUCCUCUGGCAGGGAGCUUAGAGCAGAAAGUCACAAGAGGGGGCGCAGUCUUGAGAGCGGAAUUCUGUUCAGAGAAAAGGAUGAUGAUCUUGCUUUGUUCAACGAGGUACAGAGCAGAGAAAGAGACAAUUUCUUGCUUCAGUCAAAUGAUGAUUUCGAAGACACGUUCUCCACAAAAUUGAGAUACUUCUCAGAUUAUAAGCUAGGAAUCUCCAUUCCCUCCCGAGGCGAGAGUAGUGAUCUUCUAAAUGCAGAUGGAGAGAAGAAUGACUAUGACUGGCUAUUAACACCUCCCGACACCCCUCUCUUUCCUUCUUUGGAUGAUGAGCCACCACCAGUUAAUCUUGCUCAGAGGGGUAGACCUAGAAGUCAGCCUAUUUCAAUCUCAAGAUCAUCAACGAGGGAGAAGAGUCAAAGAAGUAGUAGAGGUAGUGCAAGCCCAAAUCGCUUGAGUCCAUCUCCUCAGUCUGGCAGUAGAAGUUUCCAAUCGAGGGGCAGGCCAUCUUCAACACCUCAUUCUAGUCCAACUCCUAGUAUACGGCAUGCGACUCCAACACGGCAACUAUCAUCCCCACCAAGUAAACCCUCAACACCUGCUCCAAGGGCUUCUACACCAACCCCUCAGAGAAUUAGCACAAGUUCUAGUGGCACUGUGGCCUCUUCUAGGGUGAGAGGUACCUCCCCUGUGAAGACAAGUAGAGGGAACUCUGCGUCACCAAAAAUAAGGGUGUGGCAAACAAAUAUUCCAGGUUUUUCAUCAGAUGCACCUCCUAAUCUUCGUACUUCGCUUGUUGAUCGACCAGCUUCAUAUGUGAGGGGCUCUUCUCCAGCAUCAAGAAAUGGUAGGGAUUCAUCCUUCAGAUCAGGCAGACAAUCAAUGUCUCCAACUGCUUCUAGAAGCAUCAGUUCAUCAUAUAGUAAUGACCGGGAUCGACUUAGCUCCUCCCAUGGUAAAGGUUCUGUUGCAUCAUCUGGUGAUGAUGAUGUAGACUCCCAACAGUCUAUUUCUGUGGGUAACUCAGACCGCUCAGCUUCAAGGGGUGUGGGGGCAUUUUCAAAUAAUAAAGCUUUGGCCUUCUCCAAGAAGCCAACCAGGAUAGUGUCCUCAAGUUCUGCUCCAAAAAGAUCUUUUGAUACAGCACUACGACAAAUGGUAUCUUAUUGUCAGUUUCAUUUGAGCUUUGAUAAUAUCCACUUCAUGGUUAUAUUAUUGCGCGUGAGAAUUAGUGUUUGA